AGUGUAACUGCAGCUUCCUGUCUCGCCGCGCGCUGCAGCGCGAACAGCUCAGGUCCGCGAGCUCUAACAUCAGUCGCAGCCGUCGGCCUCACUGCGGCGGCGCGGUGAGCUCCUCCGUUAACUCGCAGAUUUCGUUCGUCCGCCGCUCCCGUUAACGCUUUUCCCGGUUGUUUGUAAGCUCCGCCCCGCUCGGUGUGACCGGAGAAUCGUCCUGGAAAGGGGGAAUAACGAAGGUGUGAAAUGCCCUCCGCCGCUUCGCGCUGACCGCCGCGGACGAGGUGAAAACUAGGAUGGUCCAUUGACAAAUUUGAGACGCAAGCGUCCUUUCUCUCCUGUUUUCGGACUAUUUUCCGGGAGAAUUCAUGUCAUGCCGUGUCGCAGCGGCCGUCUGACGGCAGGUGGAUGGCCAACCUGACGGGCUCAGCCGUCGCGUCCCCUCCCCUCUCAGCCGCAGCUGGCGCAGCAGCCGCUCCGGCUUCACUCGGAGCCGCGAGAGCCCCGACAAAACCGGUGAGAACCAAAUAAAAGCCGAGCCAUGCUUCCCGGAGUCGGCGUGUUCGGCACCAGCCUGACCGCCAGGGUGAUCGUCCCGCUGCUGAAGAACGAGGGCUUUGCCGUCAAGGCGCUGUGGGGCCGGACGCAGGAGGAGGCGGAGGAGCUGGCCAAGGAGAUGAACGUGCCCUACUACACCAACCGGAUCGACGACGUGCUGCUGCAUCAGGACGUGGACCUGGUCUGCAUCAACCUGCCGCCGCCGCUGACUCGGCAGAUCGCCCUCAAGACAUUAGGAAUUGGAAAGAAUGUCAUCUGCGACAGGACCGCCACACCCUUGGACGCCUUCCAGAUGAUGUCAGCAGCCCAGUACUACCCCAAGCUGCUGAGCAUUAUGGGAAAUGUGCUGAGGUUCUUGCCAGCUUUUGUUCGAAUGAAGGAGCUGCUGGAGGAAGGGUACAUUGGAGAACUUCUUGUCUGCGAGGCCCAGGUGCACAGCGGCAGUCUCCUGGGUAAGAAAUACAACUGGAGCUGUGAUGAUCUGAUGGGAGGCGGGGGCCUGCACUCGGUCGGCAGCUACAUCAUCGACCUGCUCUCCUUCCUGACUGGCCAGCGCGCAACCAAAGUCCACGGCUUCCUCAAAACCUUCGUCAAGCAGACCGACCACAUCCGAGGCAUCCGCCAGAUCACCAGCGACGACUUCUGCACGUUCCAGAUGGUACUGGAAGGAAGCGCCUGCUGCACCGUCACGCUCAACUUCAACGUCCCCGGAGAGUUCCGGCAGGAAGUCAGCUUGGUGGGGACCGUCGGGAGGCUGAUGGUCACCGGCACAGACCUGUACGGACAGAAGAACAGCGGUGGCGGCCCCGAACUGCUGCUUAAAGACGCCACGUCUCUGGAGAAGGCGUCGUUGCCUGAAAAGGCCUUUAGCGACAUUCCAUCGCCGUACCUCAUAGGGACAAUCCGCAUGAUCCAGGCCGUGCGGCAGGCCUUCCAGGACCAGGACGACCGGCGGACCUGGGACGUGAGGCCUCUGACCAUGGCGGCCACGUUUGAGGACUGUCUGUACGCUCUGUGCGUGGUGGACACAAUCAAGAAGUCCAACCAGUGCGGAGAGUGGCAGAACAUUGUGGUGAUGACUGAGGAGCCCGAGGUCAGCCAGGCCUACCUGAUCAGCGAGGCCAUGAGGCGGAGUCGCGUGUCGCUCUACUGUUGACGCAGGGCAGGAGGGAGGCAGUCGUUGGAGGUCUUUCACAAAGCUACUGGAGUCAAACUCAUUACCGCUCUGCUUUUAUACUCUGAAGUCUGUGCUGUUGCUGUUACAGAGGGUUUACACCACCUCAGAGCUGUAGGUCCCGCGCUCCACCCACCUCUGAUAUCGUUAUUUUAAACUUGAAUUUCUAGAGAAGCCUCGUUUUUGUUUUUUAAAGACGUCUUUAAAAAGUUCACCAAACAGAUGAGCCGACUGUGGAAACAAAGCCGUCAGUACGUUUACAUGGAGAAUGCUGAGUCAUUGUUUAUUGGACUAAAACUAAACAUUAGCUGACAUGGUCCAACUUUCAGGUAGAUCUUUUUCAAUUCUCCAUAUGGAUUCAUCCUAAACAAUAAUAAUCAAUGAAAGGGUGAUGAGUAAGGUAACGCCCCUUCCACGCUCCUGGAGACGUAUUUUCUGCAUCUUAACCUCCUCCUACUCACUGAUCAACCGGGUGUCCCGCCUCCUCCCGGGCCAGGACCCGGACACAUAAACGCCUUGCACUGUGGGUCCGAACAGGACAGCCGAGGAAGAACGACGGUCUUUUCAAACGUGCCGCUCUCGUGUCGCUGAAGUGUUGCUACUUUUUACCUGGUGAAUGUUUCAAACCCCGCUUUAGUCUGCCUCCGUUUGCUCUGUAUUCUCCUUCAAGUGUGUAUGAAACAAGAAAAAAAAAAAGAAUCAAUACUUUGGCUUGUGGGUUUCUUAGAGUUCAUUAAUGAUUCAGAACCCGGAGGCAGCCGGAGAUACAGGCCUUAUCAAACACUUCCAGUAUGCUGUACGCAUCAGUCCUUCACAAGUAUUGAUCGGUUAUUACUAAAUCAUCCCGAAUGAUUUAGUCAAGUCCAUUUCAACUUUGACUACAACUACUCAAACUAUGACAUUCAGUUCUGUUCAAUACUGGAGUGAUCAGUAUUUUAAAAACUUGUGCCACAUUUAAUGUUAUUUAAAAGCUGUAAGUAUUUGUCAAACUUCACUCCCUCAUGGGCACCAGUAUUCUCCAUCUAUGAGAUAACACACCUGAAAGUGGCUUCACCUGCUCAAAGGAGAAGUAUUUUGGUUUUGAGCUUGGUUUUGAUUGCUCAAAUCUGAAUAAUAUCUUUUGAAAUGUUUAAGAGAAAAGGCUUGUUUAGUAAAUGAAUAUACUUUCUUGGUAGAAUGUAGUUUAAUUAACUUAAACUGGACAUGACCUAGUAAAAAAAUAUUGAAUUGUUUCCUCAAAUUAGCCUUUCCUGCACACAGUUCAACAUUCUGUGUGCACAAAUUAGCAUUCUGUGUGCACAAGAUAACAUUUCCUGCAAACAACUUAGCACUCUUUGUGCACACAUUGGCAUUUUGUGUGUAAAAGUUAACUUUUUGUGUGCACAAAUUAGUAUUUUGUGCACACAAAAUAUCAACUUGUGCGCACACUGCUAAUAAAAUACUAAUUUGUGGCCACUAAAUACUAUUUUGUGCUCACAAAAUGCUAACUUGUGCACAUAAGAUGCUAUUCUAGGGAACAAUAAUUGAUUUGUAAUGUCAUGUCCAGAGCUCCGUAUAAACAAUAAAAGAAAUGCCCAAACAUGGACUAAAAUAUUGUUAAAUUUUAUGUUUAUUAAAUUAUUUUUUUAAAAUUGAAGCAAAUAUUGUUAACAAGCCGAGUAAACGCACAGAAAGCAUGUUAGCGAUAAUAACUGGAUAUAAAAAAUUAACAUAAAGCUAAAGCUACUCGUUUUUAAAAAAAAUGUAAUAAAAAAGGUUUAAUUUCAUGCCUGAUUUGGUCAAGUGACUCAGCAGUUUCAAUGUGCUAAAGCUAACAUGCUGCUGAUAGUUUGUGAUCGUGGGAGUUCCAGAGUCGAAAGUAAUUCAAAAAUUAUAUUAUUAAGAGACAUUUUAUUAGUUUAUAGUUUAAAGAAAAACGUUUUAAAUAUUUAAAAACUGUCAAAAAUGAUCACAGCAUUAAUGUGACUUGUUGUGCUACAUGCUAACUAGGCUCUAAAAACGAGUUUACAAACUAUUUGUUACCAAAAGACAUCAUUUUUUCUGGGUAAAGCUGAUCUGUGAUGAAGCUGCAGCCUGUUUGUGUGACACUGAAGGACAUCAUCUUGAAAACCACAACAAAAAAAUAAUCACAACGUGAAUAACGAGAGUAAAUUACAGUUUAUCUGCAGAUGUGGAGAAGAAACUACAAGCCAAAAUAUAGAUUUUUUUUUGCAUCUUUCUUCCCUGUGCAAACUCUUAACCUGUGAAAUGCUGUCAAUGUAAGAACUACUGAAGAUGUACAGUGGAGCCUUCAGACUGAAGACUCUCCAGUACGGUGUGUGUUUAACUUGUCCAACCUGAGGCUGUGUUUUCCAUGAGUGUUGAGAUAUUUAUUGUGUGAUGUUGAAGUUUUGUGGUCUGACCCUGCAGUGUUUUUUUUUAAUUAUUUUGUGAGAACAGACCGAGGCCUUUUGGAGCGCUCAGCUGCUCAGCUCUGCCUGCUGACCAAAACAAUCUCCGUCUUGUGAAAAGCUUUAUGUUUGCUCUGUCAGAACCCAACGUCAAAUACAGAGCUGCAACCCCCUCGGAUCAAA